AUGUCCGUGUUAAAAUUACCACUUCCAGCUGUUCCUCAGCCACCUCAAUUGAUCCCUGUUCUCACUUUUAAUCUCCAGUUGAGUCCAGACCCCGUGCGUAUUUUCACAAAUUCUCAGAUAGACAAGACUUUGAACUUGGCUACUGUUGUGAAUGGAGAAAUCAAAGCAGUUGAGAAUAAAUUUGGUUAUAAAUUAGAUAUCAAUCAAAUUUACGGCACUGAUGAUUUGAACGUUAAGGAUUCUAUUGGAGCAGCAAACUUGGAUUGCAAGUUGUAUGGUAAAACACCUAAUGGUUCGGGAGUUUUUAUUUAUUACGGAGGAAAAGUGCAAUUGGACGAAGCUUCUGUUGGUGUCAUGAGCAAACGUACAAAGGAAGCUUCUAUUGAAGAAAGUUAUGUCACUUGCAACCCAACUUUCACUUUUGACGAUAAGGUGGAAGAAGAAUAUAAAUGGGUCUUGAAAGAAAAUCUUUUUGGCAGGGGAAGAUUUGCUAGGGACGAUGAGGGCGCUCUUUAUGUCCAGUAUUAUAUCUACGUGGUCCGCUAA